AUGAUGAGUGCAGCAACAGCAAGUAGGGCUUGGGUUGUGGCAGCCACAGUUGGAGUCGUGGAAGUGUUGAAAGACCAAGGGGUGUGCAGAUGGAACUAUCCCAUGAGACUGGUGCACCAGCAAGCCAAGAACCAUCUCAGGUCUUUUUCUCAGGCCAAGAAGCUGUCUUCUUCUUCUUCUGCCAUGGCUUCAAGCAUGAUCAUGAGAGAAGAGAAAAUAAAGCAGUCAGAGGAGUCUAUGAGGAAAGUGACGUAUCUUAACUCUUGGGGUCCCAACUGA